GCCCACAUUCCAGUGUAUAGAGAAGAGCACAGCGUGUUAGAGGCUAAAGCUCAUAUCCCUGCCGAGCAAUACAGCAGUCAUGACGGAAUUUCAAAGUAUAACAACAACUAUCUUGUUGGGCUUUGUAACUUUUAUCAUAAUGCUGAUUUCUGUGAAGUUCCUAUGGAGGCGAAGUAAGAUGCCCCCUGGUCCGUUCCCACUACCAGUACUGGGGAACUUUCUGCAACUUUACUCUGAUGGAUUACUGCCAGGCUUACUAAAGGUAUCCAAAAAGUAUGGUUCCGUCUGCACUGUUUACUUUGGUUCAAGGCCAACUAUUGUUGUUACCGGGUAUAAAGCCUUAAAGGAAGUGUUCUCUGAUUCUGGGGAUGCUUUUCUGAAUCGAGGAUGCUUACCUGUUUUUGACCGUCUCUUCAAGUUUGAAGGCUUAUCAUUUACUAAUGGAGAUACAUGGAGACAGCUGAGACAGUUUUCCCUCCAUACUCUUAAAGAUUUUGGAAUGGGCAAGAAAAGUUUAGAAGACCCCAUUCUGGAGGAAGCACAUCAUAUUGCGGAACACUUCAGAAAUUUAAAUGGGGAGCCAUUUGAACCCAGCACCACUUUGAUCUGUGCAUCCUCUAAUAUCCUUGCUAAUAUAUUAUUGGGGACUCGUUUUGACUACAAUGACAAGAAUUGGAUGGAAAUCCUACAGAAGUCACGUGAAGCUUUUCAUAUCCUUUCAUCCGUCUGGGGCCAGCUGUAUGAAUUUUUCCCAACAAUUAUGAGGAUUUUACCAGGACCGCACAGAAACAUUUUUACCAAUCUUGAGCCUCUUGAGAAUGAAUUGAUGAAGAGCAUUAGACUUCACCAGGAGACCAUGGAUCCCGCCUGUCCUCGAGAUUAUAUUGACUGUUUUCUCAUCAGGAUGAAACAGGAGGAAGAUAAUGAAAAAACACCAUUUACUAUUAGAAACCUGAAAUCCUCAAUCUAUGAUAUGUUCUUAGGAGGAACGGAAAGUACUGCAGUCACUGUAAACUUUGGAUACCUAAUACUGAUAAAGCAUCCUGAGCUACAAGAUCAGCUUUAUGAAGAAAUUGACCAAGUGAUUGGCCAAGCCCGAGAACCUAAAGCAGAAGAUCGGAGCAAGAUGCCAUAUAUGAACGCUCUUGUUCAUGAGAUCCAGAGGUACAGUGACAUCUUUCCAAUGGGUUUUCCCAGAGCCACCAACAGAGAUAUUACUUUCCAUGGUUACUACAUUCCUAAGGGAACCAAUGUGCUUCCUAUGUUGACCACGGCAUUACAGGAUCCCACAUAUUUUGAAACUCCUGAAGAAUUCAACAUAAAACGUUUCUUGGAUGAAAAUGGCAAAUUUCAGAAAAAUAAUGCAUUUCUACCAUUUGCUGCAGGAAAAAGAGCUUGCAUUGCAGAGAGUAUGGUGCGCAUGCAGCUUUUUCUUUUCUUCACCAUUAUCCUGCAAAAGUUUACCCUGAAGUCAAUGGUGGACCCCAAAGAUCUCGACAUCUCUCCUACAGAAAGUGGCAUUGAAAACAUCCCACCAGCUCACAAGAUCAUCUUCAUUCCUCGCACGAUAGAAGGAGGGGCCUAAAGAAUGCUCAUAUUUUAGCAUUUGGAACGCUCAGUCUACAUUAUUAUAUAAUAUAAAUUGCUAUAAAAAUGUAAGUAAAACAGAUAUUGUAGGGCAAGAAUGGCAUUUUGUAUGUAACCCUUCUGAGAAGUAUACAUUUUUGAUCUUGAGGUUGGUUUACAGCAGUAGCACUAAUCUAUAACAAUAAAGACUAACGGGGAUAUCA